AUGGCUUCCACGAGCUUUUCACCACCUUCAUCGUUCGUCUUCAAUGGCGAAAACUAUCAUAUAUGGGUUGUUAAGAUGAAGACUUACCUACAAGCUUAUAACUUGUGGGAGGUUGUGAACACUAAUGUCAAGCUCGCACCAUUGAGAGACAACACGGUAGUCGCUCAGAUUAAGCAUCAUAGUGACAAGCGAGCUAAAAGAUAUAAGGUGAUGUCUUAUAUACAAAAUGGUAUCUCAAAUGUAAUAUUCACACGCAUUGGGGCAUGCACGACUCCAAAAGAAGCUUGGGAUAAGCUAAAGGAAGAGUUUCAAGGUUUUAAAAAGACCGGACAACAAGAACUCAUUAAUCUCAUAAGAGAUUUUGAGAAUUUGAAGAUGAACGAGGCUAAAACUAUAAAGCAGUACGCAGCCAAGAUUAUGGCGGUAGUUAAUAACAUUAGGUUACUUGGGGAAGAGUUCACAGAUAGUAAGGUCGUUGAGAAGGUCAUAACAACAUUUCCUGAGAGGUGUGAAUCUAAGAUUUCCUCACUCGAAGACUUAAGAGACCUAUCAAUAAUCUUUCUUUCAAAAUUGAUAAAUGCCCUGUAUGCUCAAGAGCAAAGAAGAGCAUCAAGGCAUUGGGAGCACGCAGAAUGA